UUAACCUCCUUCACGGACCCGAGCCAGCAGCACGAGCUGCGGGACGCAGAAUGGGGAACGCGGACACCAAACUGCACUUCAGGAAGGCGGUGAUCCAGCUCACCACCAAGACGCAGCCCGUGGAGGCCUCAGACGAGGCCUUCUGGGACCAGUUCUGGGCCAACGCCUCCACCAGCGUGCAGGACGUCUUUGCUCUGGUGCCGGCGGCCGAGAUCCGAGCUGUGAGGGAGGAGUCUCCGUCCAACCUGGCAACCCUGUGCUACAAGGCCGUGGAGCGCCUGGUUCAGGGCGCCAACUCCGGCUGCCCGUCGGAGAAAGAGCGCCAGACGGUCCUGAACUGCUCGCGGCUGCUGACGCGCAUCCUGCCGUACAUCUUCGAGGACGCCGACUGGCGAGGCUUCUUCUGGUCCACGGUGCCGGGGGCCGGGCGUUUGGACGAAGAUGGCGAUGAAGAGGACGCUCGGCCGCUCGCCGAGUCGCUGCUGCUCGCCAUCGCCGACCUCCUCUUCUGUCCCGACUUCACGGCCCAGAGCCGCAAGAAGAGCGACCCGGACUCGGCCGACGACAUUCGAUCCAUCGACAGCUGCGAGUACAUCUGGGAGGCCGGAGUCGGCUUCGCUCAGUCGCCUCCACUCAACUACGUCCACGACCUCAACAGGGCGGAGCUGCUGAAGUUGCUGCUCACCUGUCUGUCUGAGGCCAUGUACCUUCCUCCGUCCUCUGAGAGGCGGAGUCUCAACCCCUGGGUGUCCUUCUUCUGCUCCACGGAAAACAGACAUGCGCUGCCUCUGUUCACCUCCCUGCUCAACGUGGUGUGCGCCUACGACCCCGUCGGCUACGGCGUGCCGUACAACCACCUGAUGUUCUCCGACCACCGGGAGCAGCUGGUGGAGCAGGCGGUGCAGAUCCUCAUCGUGACCCUGGAGCACGAGGGCGGCUCGCCCUUCAGCGCCGCCCUGCAGGCCAUGAACGCCUCGGAGACAGAGCCGGCCGGACCCGAGAACCUCUUUGUGAAUUAUCUUUCUCGGAUCCACCGGGAGGAGGACUUGAGAUUCAUCCUGAAGGGUCUGGCCCGGCUGAUGAACAACCGCCUGGUCCAGACCUACCUGCCUCACUCGGCCAAGAAGAUCCAGUUCCACCAGGAGCUGCUGAUCCUCUUCUGGAAGUUCUGUGACUUCAAUAAGAAGUUCCUGUUCUUCGUGCUGAAGAGCAGUGACGUGUUGGAGGUUCUGGUUCCGAUCCUCUUCAGUCUGGACGACGCCCGAGCGGAUCAGUCGCGCGUGGGCCUCAUGCACAUCGGCGUCUUCAUCCUGCUGCUGCUGAGCGGCGAGAGGAACUUCGGCGUGCGCCUCAACAAGCCGUACGCGCUGCGCGUCCCGAUGGACAUCCCCGUGUUCACCGGGACGCACGCCGACCUGCUCAUCCUGAUCUUCCAUAAGAUCAUCAGCGCCGGGCACCAGCGGCUGCAGCCGCUGUUCGACUGCCUGCUCACCAUCAUCGUGAACGUCUCUCCGUACCUGAAGAGCCUCUCCAUGCUGGCGGCCAACAAGCUGCUGCACCUCCUGGAGGCCUUCUCCUCGCCCUGGUUCCUCUUCUCCUCGCGGCAGAACCACCACCUCGUCUUCUUCCUGCUGGAGGUCUUCAACAACAUCAUCCAGUACCAGUUCGACGGUAACAGUAAUCUGGUGUACGCCGUCAUCAGGAAGCGUAACGUGUUCCACCAGCUGGCCAACCUGCCGUACGACGCGGCGUCCAUCCAGACGACGCUGCAGAAGAAGAAGAAGUCCACGAUGUCCAGGAGCGUCUCCAUGGAGACGGAGAGCGCCGAGGGCAACGGACCGCCGGCCCCCGCCGAGCCCAGGACCCUUAAAACCAGCCUGGAGGCCACUCCAGGCAUCGAUAAGAUAACGGAGAAGUCCCAGGUGACCCUGGACGGCACCAUGAUGCCUCUGGACCAAUCGGACGCCACGCGGGUGCCGGCCGGAGACACGGCGUCCACCUCUGAGCCCGAGGUCUACGGCGCGGAGUCGGAGGCAGCGAUGAGCCGGUUGUCGAGCGUGUCCUCGUCAUCGGCGCCGUGGAGCGCCAACACGGACUGGGUGUUGUCGUGGAAGGCCAAGCUCCCCCUGCAGACCAUCAUGCGGCUGCUGCAGGUUCUGGUCCCUCAGGUGGAGAAGAUCUGCAUCGACAAGGGUUUGACGGACGAGUCAGAGAUCCUGAAGUUCCUCCAGCACGGCACCCUGGUGGGCCUGCUGCCGGUCCCGCACCCCAUCCUCAUCCGCAAGUACCAGGCCAACGCCGGCACCGCCAUGUGGUUCCGCACCUACAUGUGGGGCGUCAUCUACUUACGCAACGUGGAUCCUCCGAUCUGGUACGACACGGACAUCCGGCUGUUCGAGAUCCAGAGGAUUUAGAACGACUUCUUUUCUUUUCUUCUCUUUACCUUCUUCACGCCCGGCCGGCGGUCGGAGGAACGUUUCAUUGCAGCGAGGAUCUGGAACCUGAUUCGUUUGGACAAUGUUCAGGGUUUAGAUCCCCAAAAAAUAAGAAGUUUGAAUGUGUCAGAGCAUUUGUGUAUCCCAUACUACGGUGUUAUGUGAUAUGAGCCACACAGUCAUUAAAUCUGACGUCCUCAUGAAA